AUGACAACUAUUGAUAAGUUAGAUAAAAAAGAGAAGAAAAUGGUAGACAAGAAAUCUAUACUUGUCAUCUUCAGAUAUUCUAACAGACUUGAUGUUUUGCUAAUGCUACUAGGAAGUGUCGGGGCAAUAGGAGAUGGAAUGGCCAUAAACUUAUUUUUAGCUUUUGCAAGCCAUCUUUUGAACACAUUAGGACAUGGUAAGACUGAAGAUGAUCAAGGACAUUUCAUGAAUGAGGUCGAAAAGAGUAUCUUGCACUUUGUUUACGUCGGUUUAGCAGUCACGGUUGCAGCUUUUAUGGAGGGUUAUUGUUGGAGUUGGACGGGCGAAAGACAAGUGCGUAGAAUCAGACACAAGUACUUGGAAGCUAUUUUAAGACAGGAAGUUGGGUUCUUUGAUUCACAAGAGGCAACGACUUCAGAGAUUAUAAACAGUAUAUCUAAGGAUACUUCACUCAUUCAAGAAGUUUUAAGUGAAAAGGUACCCUUGUUCUUAAUGCAUACAUCUACCUUUGUCUCCGGACUUGCACUUUCGAUGUACCUUUCGUGGAGGCUCUUCGUAGUAGUCUUUCCUCUAGUUAUUCUACUACUGAUUCCGGGAAUAAUCUACGCGAAGUACCUACUCCAUCUUUCUAAGAAAUCCUCAAAAGAAUACGACAGAGAAAAUACAAUAAUAAGAGAAGCGUUAAGCUCCAUCAAAACCAUCUACUCGUUGACAAUUGAGAGGAUGAUUAUAGAGAGAUAUUCGGAAAUGCUAAAUACAACAUUGAAAAUCGGGUUAAAGCAAGGCCUUGCGAAAGGCUUAGCUGUGGGGAGCAAUGGCCUUGCGUUCUUAAUAUGGGCAUUUAUCGCUUGGUAUGGAAGUCAGUUAAUAAUGCACAAAGGAGAGAGUGGAGGAAAUAUUCAUUCAGCAGGGCUUUGUUUCAUCAUAGGUGGAAGAACUCUUGGAGUGGCAUUUCCUGAGAUUAAAUAUAUCACGAAAGCUUCUAUUGCUGCAGCUAGAAUUUUCGAGAGGAUUGAUAGGGUUCCAAAAAUCGAGGAAAACCCACAAUGCCUGGCUUUAGAUGAGCUUCAUGGUGAACUGGAAUUUGAGCAUGUUAACUUCGCAUACCCUUCACGACCUGACUCUUUUGUCCUCAGAGAUUUCAAUCUUAAGGUUGAAGCAGGACAGAUAAUUGCACUUGUCGGAGCAAGCGGCUGUGGGAAGUCGACUGUAAUCGCAUUGUUACAACGAUUUUAUGAUUCAGAUUCUGGAGUAAUAAGGAUUGAUGGCGUAGACAUAAAAACUCUACAAUUAAAAUGGAUGAGAGCAAAAAUGGGCCUUGUUAGUCAGGAACAUGCACUGUUCGGGACAUCAAUAAAGGAGAAUAUAUUGUUCGGAAAGCCAGAUGCAACCAUGGAUGAGAUCGUAGCUGCAUCAGUGGCAGCCAAUGCUCAUAAGUUUAUAAGGCAGCUACCAGAAGGGUAUGACACCAAGGUGGGUGAACAUGGAGAUCUUUUGUCUGGAGGGCAGAAGCAGAGGAUCGCCAUUGCUAGAGCCAUUAUUAAGAAUCCGGCAAUUCUCCUUCUUGAUGAAGCUACCAGUGCUCUUGAUUCAGAGUCUGAAGCACAGGUUCAAAAUGCCCUUGAACAAGCUUCCAUCGGAAGAACAACACUGGUUGUUGCACACAAACUCAUCACGAUAGAAAAAGCGGAUCAAAUUGCAGUAGUUGAUGGCGGCCGUAUCAUUGAAAUGGAAUCUCACAGAAACCUCAUUAGCAGGGAAAAUGGUCAUUAUGCCAAACUAGCAAAACUUCAGAGCAAGUUCGGCAUUUCCAAAAAAGAACAUCUACUUCAAUCUAGUAUUCCUUCAAUUACGAACCGCCAAAGCAUAGAAAGAUCUAGCCCCAUCUCCUCCUCCUCGUUUCCUUUAACAAUUGACAACUCAUCUUCUACAAAACCCUCUCAUGCAUCUCCUUCCUUCGGCCGGCUCUUAGCUUUGAACUAUCCCGAGUGGAAACAAGGUCUAAUAGGUGGCAUAUCCACGAUAAUUUUUGGUACAAUACAACCCAUUGCCGCAUUAACAGUAGGUAGCAUGAUAUCAGCAUUCUUUACACAAAAGCAUGAUGAAAUGAAGGUUCGUAUACAUACAUUUUCCUUAAUCUUCUCCUUGCUUGCAGUCUUCUCCAUUAUUUUAAGUGUAAUCCAACACUACAGUUUUGCCUAUAUGGGUGAACAUUUAACUAGAAGAAUUAGACUGAUUAUGCUUGAGAAGAUCUUCAGCUUUGAAACUGCCUGGUUCGAUAAAGAAGAAAACUCAAGUGGUGCAUUGUGCUCUAGGCUUAGCAGCCAAGCCUCUAUGGUCAAGUCCCUAGUUGCUGAUCGGAUGUCUUUACUACUACAAUCAUUUUCAGCUGUUAUUACAGCUGCAAUCAUGAGUCUAGUCAUAUCUUGGAAGUUUGCACUGGUCAUUAUAGCGCUUCAGCCGUUGGCCAUCUUUUCUAUUUAUACACAAAAAGUGUUACUUUCAAGUGUUAAUCUUAGCAUUGUGAACGCACAACAUAUGAGCACUCAAACUGCAGUUGAAGCAGUAUGCAAUCACAGAAUUGUCACUUCAUUUGGAAGUGUGGCAAAGAUGCUUCAACUUUUUGAUAACGCUCAAGAUAAGUCGAGGAAGGAGGCAUCCAAGAAGUCAUUGUAUGCAGGGAUAGGGAUGGCAUCAGCAUUGUGCGCGAGUUUCAUGUCAUGGGCUUUUGAGUAUUGGUAUGGUGGGAAACUAGUUGACUUAGGCCAAAUACCUGCUGCGGAUGUUUUUAAGAUCUUCAUCAUCUGGGUGAGCACAACUAGGAUUAUUGCCGAAACUGGCAGCAUGACAUCUGACCUGGCCAAGGGAGCAACAGCAGUUGCUUCAGUGUUCAAGGUGCUUGAUCGGAAAUCGCUGAUACCAGGAACUUACAAUGUGAGCGAAAAUUCGAAAGGCGAAAAAUGGAGUAGAAUGAUCGGUGAGAUAGAGUUGAAGAAAGUUGAUUUUGCAUACCCAAGUAGGCCUGAGUAUCUAGUUUUGCGCCAAUUCUGUUUGAAGGUAAAGACAGGUACGAGUACUGUCCUUGUUGGAAGAAGUGGGUGCGGAAAAUCCACGGUGCUGGGAAUAAUUCAGAGGUUUUAUGAUGUCAAGAGUGGCGCAGUUAUGGUGGAUGGUGUAGAUUUGAGGGAACUCAACCUAGGAUGGUACAGAGGGAACACAGCACUGGUUAGUCAAGAACCUGUAAUCUAUUCGGGUACCAUACGCGAUAAUAUAAUCUUUGGGAAGCUUGAAGCGUCGGAAAGUGAGUUGGUGGAAGCUGCCAGAGCUGCUAACGCACAUGAUUUCAUCUCAACAUUAAAAGAUGGUUAUGCAACUGAAUGUGGGGAAAGAGGAGUGCAGUUGUCAGGAGGCCAAAAGCAAAGAAUUGCCAUUGCAAGAGCUAUCAUUAGGAAUCCAAUGAUACUAUUACUUGACGAGGCUACGAGCGCCCUUGAUAUGCAAUCAGAACACCUUGUACAAGUGGCAUUAGAGCGGGUAAUGCUCGGAAGGACCACUCUUGUAGUAUCGCAUAGACUCCAUACAAUUAAGAAUGUUAACUCGAUUGCCAUGAUUGAGGAAGGGAGGGUGGUCGAAAGAGGAACAUUUCAAGAGCUUAAUAGGAAGGGAGGUGCUUUUUUCAACCUCUCUGUGCUUCAGAAAUGACCACCCACUUAC